GAAGAUGUGUAAUUUCAGCAGAAGGCCAGUCGGGGGCGAUAUUAAACAGCGACGACACGUUUUCUUCGUCGGCGUUGGGUGGAUCACGUAAUCAAAACAAACCUGAGGCACGUACUAGGCGUAGACCCCCGUCUGUAAUUCAGCUCACUUUGAUAUGUGAUUGUUUUAGCUUAGUUUUUACAUUUAUUUUAUGCUCAUUUUUGUGAUAAUAAGUAAAACAUUUUCUUCGUUUCUUGGCUGAUUUAACCGCUGUGCCUCUGUUGUUGGGAAAGCUGCGCUAAAGGUAGUUGUUAGUUGUUAGUAGUUAGUUGUUAGUAAGUUAGUAAGUCCGGCAGGUAACUAGGUGAGUUAGCCUAGCUAGGUUACCUGUGUGCAGGUAACCAUGCCACAGGAACCCGUGGAGGGGCAGCAGCAGCUCCCGCUGGUCCGCUCCUUGAUCAGUCGUCUCCAGGCUCAUGUGGUGUUCUGUAACCGGUCUCCUCGAACCGUUAAACUCGUUUGGAUCAACUUUCGCGGAGAGCCGCAGUCGUACGGGGAGCUGCGGCCCCUCACCGGAAAGCGAAUAACUACUUAUGUGGGACACCCAUGGAUGUUUCGUGAUGCUGAAUCUGAUGAUCCAUUAUUGGUGAAUAACAAGGAGAUGUACCUACCCAGUGCACUGGAAAAUGGUCAAGUGUCCAUGGCCAACAUCACACUACCAGUGUUUUCACUGCGAGAGCGAUGUUUGCAGGUGGUGAGGCAGCUGGUGCGUAGUGAAAAUUUUCAGCGCUUAGAAAUUGCUCGCUGUCUACAGGAAGAACUUGCUCAGAGACCGAAUAUCCAGGCUGACCUGCGGCGUAUCAGCCAGCGAGUGGAGCAGAGACUACUUCAGAACAGAGAGACACAAAACAACUGAAUACACACAUUGUGUUGUUGAUUCGAAGACCUUCUUAAUUUUUGUGAAUUCAACAGACAUUCUGUUUUUUCCUACCGAGGAACAGACAACUUGAUAUUUUAUUGGAGCUGCUUUAGACAAUCUGUGCCUUUGCUGCAGAGCACCUGUGCCCACUUGCCUUUGCACAUAUCUAUCCCCACUUUUACACAUUUUAAAUAAAAAGCAUGAAUUUUUCUCAUCAUU